AUGCAAGCCMCAAGCCCCUUUCCCGCAGGGAGCGCCCGAAAGCUGGAGCUGCGGAUCCGCCUGUUCUGCCGGGCUGUACUGCUCRCACCCUGGCACCACCGCAGCGACUCUGCCUUCUGGCUCACGCGCAUUCUCAAGCCCUGGCCCAYGGUCAACCAGGCCCGUCUGCUCUACAUCAUCUUUGGUCCCGUGUCCUCCCUCGAUGGACACGUGGUGUGGCAGAAAAUGAUAGAAGGACCAACAGACGAGAGCAAUCUGAAAGGUUUAGCUGAUGCAAUUAAGCUGCUGUAUGGUACAGAAGCUAGAGAAUGGACAGCAGAUGAUGUUAUCAGUCUGGUGGAUGAGCUGUCAGUCGUUCCCCAGGAAUGGCUGAUGGAGAACAAYGCCCGGCUCCUCCUCCUGAGUGGGAGCAGCAUCUGCUUCACUUUCAUGGCCAGCAAAGCUGUGAAUGGCAGGGCUGUGGAGCUGGCCAGGCUCGUGGUCUUCAUGGCGUUGGUGUGUGAGAAGGACCUAUACUGCAUGGACUGGGCAGUGAAUAUGAUGCAGAAGGUCUGUGAGGUUUUCACCACUCCCUGGGAGAGGAACAACUUCCUGCASUGCCUGGAGAACACCUUUGCUCACAUGUUGAUGGACAUGCUGCAGGCGGUGCUGGCCGGGGAGCAUCAUGAGGAGGACGGCAGCUUCCUGAACCUGUUCCACCUUGUGAACGCUCAGGCCAACUUCCACAAGGAAAUCCUCUACAUGGCCAUGGGAAACAGCAACAGCACUACCUGAGUGUCAUAGACUCCUCCUCAAUUCCUGCUGCAUUUCUCUUUCUUUUCCAUUGGCAAAGAAAUGUCCGAUUAUUUCUUAAAUUCCCAUUCCAGUGAGAGCUGGAGUGGCAGAAGUUGAAACCAUCCCUGUCAGUCCAGCAGAACGAGCCCAUGGAGGUUUUGGGUGCCCCACGGCAGAAUUCCAUUCCAUUCUCCAAGGAAAAGG